AUGGAAGUCUGGGAAGAAUAUGAAGAAGAGGAGGAGGAAGAGGAAAGUGAAGAGGAAACAAGAGACUAUUACACAUCUUCCAUACCUUUUUCUUAUUUAAAUCUCUCCUUACCUACUUUGAGUCCUAUGUCCUCUUCCCCAUUCUCCAGCUCUCUUAAUUUUCAGGGCUCUGAGGAAGAGAGUUGUGAUUCAGGAAUACUAACUACUCAGAAACCCCAUUGUUCCUUCUCAGCAACAUUUCAAAGAAGUUUAGACGAAGAAAUCAACCAUGUGGAAGAAGAGCAGAGUCCAAGCACUACCCAGUGUUUGAAAGACCCUCAAUGUUUAUUGAAUAGUAAACUAAAGGAAAAGAUGACUGAUUUGGUGUAUGCUAUGAUCUUCAAGUAUCAAGCAAAGGAACCAAUCACAAAAGUAGAAAUGUUAGAGAUUGUCAGCAAAGAAUACAAGAAACAAUUCCACAUGAUCUUUAUGGAUGCUUCUAAGUGCUUGUACAUUCUUUUUGGCAUUGAUGUAAAGGAAGACUGUGCCAUAAAAAACUCCUAUACCCUUGUCAAUUCACUGAACCUCACCUAUGAAGAAAAGCUGAGUGGAGAGCAAAGAAUGCCUAGAAAUGGCUUUCUGAUAGCUAUUCUGGGCUUGAUAUUCAUACAAGGAAACUGUGCUUCUGAAGAAAGUGUCUGGGAAUUCCUGAAUACAAUGGGAGUAUAUGAUGGGGAUGACCACCCCAUCUAUGGAGAGCCCAGGAUAUUUCUGACUAGAGAUUUGGUGCAACAAAAUUAUUUGUUAUAUCAUCAGGUGCCUACCAGUUGUCCUCCAUCCUUUGAGUUCUUGUGGGGUCCAAGAGCCCAUGCUGAAACAACCAAGAUGAAAGUUCUGGAAUUUUUGGCAAGGAUCAAUGAGAGUGACCCACUUUCUUUUUUAUUUUUGUAUGAAGAGGCUUUAAGAGAUGAGGAAGAGAGGGCCUGUGCCCAAAGUAUCUCUCCAAAUAGAAGUGCUGUCACAUUGAUGGCAAAGCCUGCAUUUCCAUCUUGUACCCAGAGUGACAGAUUUGUUUUUUAA